AUGGGACGGUCGCGGUCUCUGGUGAGCGGCUUGCACUUGACUGAAGGGCAAGCCAGGAAGGAGAAGAAACUCGCCGCGCCAGUCAUGUUUAUGGCACACUUUGGCAUGGGCUUUCUGGCCAAAGUGAUGCAUCAGAAGCUGAGUCUCGGUCAGUGCAUGGCUGUAGCCAUCGCCCCGGACAUGCUGUUCUAUCUUGCGGUGAUGGCUACGUCACGGGAGUCGCUGGUAUACAACGGGUCGCUAGCCGGCAAGUCGCUGCCUUUCACCUACACGUUUCCGGUCUCGCACUCGCUGGGCGUCAUGAUGGCACUGGCGCUGACGCUGGCGGUGCUCGCCAAGCGGUACAGCGCCCGUGAUUUGACAGUCGCACUCGGCCUCGCACUCUCGCACUUUAUCCUCGACGGGCUCUCGCAUCGCGACCCGCUACCGCUGGUGCCGUGGGCGCACUCGCCCGGACUCGACGUGCUUGGCUGGGGGCUGGUGGACAAGCGCCUACCGCUGUUCUUUGGCGAGCUCACGCUGUUCUUUGCCGGCUACAUGGCGUACGACUCGAUCACCCAUGUACACCACUCGUCGGUCCGGUCGCUCGCCUUGCACAAGCCGAGCGGCUAUCCCCCGCUGCACUACCUCAUCGCCGCGGUUCUUUUCAUCCACUGUUUCCUCAUGUCUGGCCCUGUGAGCGAGCAUGUCGAUCCACGCCUCUACACCUUUGUCCUCGGCCUCCUCACCAUUCUCCCCAUUUUCCUCGCUACUCUCGUCGACCAAGGGCGCGUCUCUGAUAUCGUGCUCUCCGAGGCCGACCACAAGAUCAGAUGA